AUGGGUCGGUCUUCUAAGGACAAGCGCGAUGCCUACUAUCGACUAGCGAAAGAGCAGAAUUGGCGAGCUCGCUCCGCCUUCAAGUUGAUUCAGAUUGACGAGCAAUUCGAUCUAUUUGAGCAUGAAAGCCCAGAGAAAGUGACUCGGGUCGUCGAUCUCUGUGCUGCUCCAGGUAGUUGGAGCCAGGUACUCAGCCGGGUGUUGAUCAAGGGAGAGAGUUUUGGUCGAAGGUCUUGGGUGGAGAAGAAACGCAAGGAGAUGAAAGCGUUGGUGAGAGCAAAUACCGGGGUUGCCGACCACAGCGACGAGGAGAUGGAUGGCCAGGUGGAGCUGAAGCCACGGGCAAAUGUCAAGAUUGUCUCGAUUGACUUGCAACCCAUGGCUCCCCUCGAAGGCAUUACCACCCUCAAGGCAGAUAUCACCCACCCCUCCACUAUACCACUUCUUCUCCGGGCUUUAGACCCCGACGCCUACGAUUCCACCACCACUUCUCCCUCUGCUCUCCGACCACCUCAUCCCGUUGAUCUGGUGAUCUCCGAUGGUGCACCGGAUGUGACUGGUUUGCACGACCUGGACAUCUACAUUCAGUCCCAGUUGCUCUAUUCCGCUCUGAACCUGGCGUUGGGCGUACUCCGGCCCGGAGGCAAAUUUGUCGCCAAGAUCUUCCGUGGUCGUGAUGUUGAUUUGAUCUACGCACAGUUACGAACUGUCUUCGAGAAAGUGAGUGUUGCGAAACCAAGGAGUAGUCGGGCGAGCAGUCUGGAAGCAUUUGUGGUCUGUGAGGGAUUCAUCCCUCCAGCCAUUCACGACGGUUUGAUUGGGAUGGAAGCGUUGAAGAAUCCCAUAUUCGGUGGUGCUGCAGCACCUCGUCCCACAUCCAUCGACGGGAAUCUCGGCCAGGAGGUGAUGAAUGGAGACACCCAGACGGUUCCUGGAAGCAAGAAGGGUACCAUCCUCACAGCCGCAACCACUGUCUCGACCGACCAGAACGAAACACGCCAGGCUCGUCUUUUGUAUACCGACUCUCAUUCCUCAGUCACUCCAGAGCCUCUCGCCUACAAGCCAUUCUCAGAGAAAUUCGCCAUCGAGAACCGAUGGAUUCCGUCGUUCAUUGCCUGCGGUGACCUCUCUUCCUGGGAUUCUGAUGCUUCCUACUCCCUUCCUCCCGACCAUGUGAGCUUGGAGCCUGUCCAACCACCUACCGCACCGCCUUACAGGCGGGCUCUAGAGUUGAGGAAGGAAAAGGGUGGAGCGUACGGGAAGACAAGAUUAGGAGCGUUGGGUCGAGCAUAA